AUGCAGAUGAAAAUCCCUCACAGUCUUGUUGUCUUAGUCGUAUCCCUUGGCAUCUUUGCCACGGCGAGCCCAACUGGCAACAUUGCUACUGUUGGAUGUACCGAGCGGAUUGAAGUUCCUGUCGAGGUCGUCAAGGCAUGCCCUCAGCCAGAAAUCAUCAGCAUCAAGACUGUCUACCGGACCGUUAAGGAGAUUGUUCCUGAUUGCGCUUGCACUGAUGAUUUCACGGAUUUUGCCAAUGUCCAGCUCAUUGCCGAUACCGCAUGCCGCAACGGACUUAUCUUCUCCCCCGACGGAAAGACUAAGAAGAGGGGCAUCUUUGAGCGUUCCCCAGCUUGCCAAAGCUUCUCUAUUGUGGAGGACCCUAGCCUUGCUUUGAGAAAGCGAUAUGAAGAUGAUAGCCAAGUCACUGGUGGUGGCGAUGGCGGAUUCGGCGGCUUUGGCGGAUUCGGCGGAUUCAAGGCGAAGCGUCAAUUCGGAGGUUUCGGAGGUUUCGGAGGUUUCGGAGGCUUCGAUGACGGCGGCGCCUUCGAUAACAACGACAACCAGAACAUCAACCAGAAUGUCAAUGCCAACCAGAAUCUGAUGGCCAACCUCGGAAAGUUCAACAGCUUCUUUGGUACCGGUGGUGGUGGUGGUGGAGGUGCAAUUGGAAGCGGCGCAGCAGCUGCGGCUGGCCUCAGAGGGUUGGCUUUUGGCAUCAACGACAACACUGACUUCAAUGUCAACAACAAUGUUGCCUUUGAAGACGAUACCUUCUUCAAGAAGAUGAAGCGUAAUGCUCAGUUUGGGUUCGGUGGCUUUGGCGAUGGCGAUUUUGAUGACAACGAAAACCAGAACAUCAACCAGAACAUCAACAACAACCAAAACCUAAACGAGGACUUCUUUAGUGGAGUCUUCGGUGGUGGAGGCGAUGGAUUCGGGUUCGACGGUGUCGGUAUUGUUCCUUUCUUCCCCGGCUUCAUCGGAGGCUUUGGGGGAUUCGGGGGAUUCGGCGGCGACUUUGGCGGGUUUGAGGAUGUAGCCAUGAACGAGAACCUCAACUUCAAUCCUGAUACUAACAUUGAAACGUUUGGCUCUGGUGUUGGUGGUUUGAACAAGCGGUGCGACUCAGGAAACUGUGGUUACGGAAAUAGCAACGUAAACUACAACUCCAACACCAACUACAACAGCAAUGAGGAGGCUGUGGCUGUUCCCCAGUACGAAACAAUCAUUGAGACUGUCCCUGUAGUGGAGACCGUCCCAGUCGUCGAAACCGUCUACCAGCCCGUGGUCGAGUAUCAGACUGUGGAGGUCAUUGAGAAGGUGCCCGUCGUCGAGCAAGUCUACGAGCCAGUGACCGUUGUUGAGCAGGUCGCUGUCCCUGCUUGCGUCACCGUCGAGUGCGUCCAGGCAAGCAAGAAGACCGUCGUCACUGAGGUUUUCGAGACCGUUCCCCAGCCCGUUGUCGAGGUCGUCGAGGUCGCCCAGCCCGUUGUCGAGGUCGUCGAGGUCGCCCAGCCCGUUGUCGAGGUCGUCGAGGUCGCCCAGCCCGUUGUCGAGGUUGCUAAGCCUGUUGUUGAGUACUCUGUUGUUUUCUACCCUGUUGCUGGAUGUGGUGUGCCCAACCGCCCAUCUUACACAUACGGAAGCUGCAACAAAUAG